AUGCGUCCCAUCGUUUAUGAUAACCAAAUGGACAGGGCCUUCUUUGUGAAGGGGUUGAUCGAUGAAGAACUUACCGUGGAGGAUGGCUUCGAAUCACAUUUGUUCAACAUGGGUGUAUACAAUAAUGCGGUUGGUAGCCCUUUCAAACUUCCCUAUGAUCCAGAUACUGUAUGUGUUCUAAUCAUAAGCACACCGAACAUGUUUGAUGUUUCCUUCAAAAGAUGGAUCCAGACGAAGUUCAAAGAGGUAACAAUUUCACUGUUCCUUUUUUUUUACAUCGGUCGAAUCACCCGGCAUGUACUAACCUACCCUUACUCUGUAAAAGUUGAAUACAAUACAGGAUACAGUACGAAGGUUUUUUUCCUCGGGCUUAGGAGUUUCAAUCUGGGAGGGAUGCAGGCGACAGGAUAG